AUGAAUGCAUUUCUGUCUGUGGCGCUGGACACCGCACUGGGGGGCCCUGUCAACCCAUUUUUUGGUGCUUUAUGCGCUGCCCUCAUCGCCUGGUACUUGGUGACGUAUCUCAUCUCGCCUCUACGGCGCUUCCCUGGUCCAGUUCUCGCCGGAUGGACCAAUCUCUGGCGAAUCUACCACGUCCAGAAGGGGAAAGUCCACCUCGUCACCACCGAUCUGCACAAAAAGUACGGUCCCGUUGUUCGAAUCGCACCCAAUGUUGUGGACUUGGAUCUACCCGAGUUGAUCCGCACCAUCUACAGCACCCGGGGCGACUACCGCAAGACCGAGUUCUAUCAUGGCAGUAGUGCGAAGAACGACGGCAAGAUCAUCUACAAUCUCUUCAGCGAAUGUGACCCGCAGGUGCAUGCGCAGCAGAAGCGGCCGAUCGCAAAGCAUUACUCCAUGUCGGGCGUGCUGCCGCUGGAGCCCCAUAUCGAUGAGACUAUCAGCCACCUGUGUCAGAGACUGGAGGAGGAGUUUGUUGAUGGGCCUAAAGCUGGGAAGCUCUGUGACAUUGGCCAAUGGCUGCUCUACUAUACCUGGGACGUGGUAGGAAAAGUGACCUUCAGUGAACCAAUCGGCUACCUCGAGAAGGGCUGUGAUUUCGACCAGACCAUCGCUAUUUCCGACAAGGCGAUGGACUACUUUGCUUUGGUUAGUCAACUGCCCAUCCUCGACCACCUUCUCGACAAGAAUCCCGUCUACCGGAUCGGUCCCCCGUCAUUCGGAAACAUCACCAACAUCUCCAUCCAACACCUCGUGGACCGCCUCCAGGGCAAAGAUACAGCAUACCACGACCCAAGCAAGCCGGACUUCCUAGAUAAGUUCAUCGAAGCAAAGGCCAAGUUCCCCGAUGUGGUCGACGACGCCCAGAUCAUCUCCUACCUCAUGAUCAACAUGAUUGCCGGCGCGGACACCACCGCCAUCAGCCUCAACGCGGCGCUGUACUUUGCGCUCAAGAACCCCGCCGUGUGGAGACGGCUGCAGGAUGAGAUUGCAUCCCUCCAUUCUGAAUCAUCCACGGCAAUCAUGCCAUUCAAGGUUGCGCAGGAUCUACCUUACCUCAACGCGGUCAUCCGUGAGGCUAUGCGUAUGCACCCCGGUGUCGCCAUGUGUCUGGAGCGAUACGUCCCUGACCAAGGCCUUACCCUUCCGGGUGGGGAGUAUAUCCCUGGCGGAUGCAUCGUCGGCAUGAAUCCUUACGUCCUCGCCCGCAACACAUCCGUUUGGGGUGAGGACGCAGAAGUCUUCCGGCCUGAGCGGUGGCUUCGCGACGCCACCCGCGAGACCGAGGAGGAGUACCAGGAGCGACUCAAGCGGAUGAAUGCUGCUGACCUGACCUUUGGCGCUGGGAGCCGGGUGUGUAUUGGACGGAACCUGGGGAUGAUGGAGGUUUACAAGGUGAUGGCCACACUGGUCUCGAGGUAUGAGAUCGAAUUGGCAGAUCCUAAGGGGGAAUGGAAGACGCAUAAUAGCUUUUUUGUCCGUCAAGAAGGGAUUGAGGUGAGGCUUCGUCGGCGUAGCACUUAG